CAUUGUUUGACCCAGGGGUCUGAUCGGGGCGCCGCUGGCAGUUCUGGGCCCUAUGAGCUGUCAGGCACUACGGUUUAUUAACAGUACAGACCACCACCUUUUAAGUUGGCUGGUUGGUGCAGUUAGAUAGAAUGCGAGGCUGGUGACAUUGAGGUUUUGAGUUUGAAUGUAGCUGCAUAAUUAGUCAUUAUUUGCCUGGACAAUAACGUAUCACUAUUCAGUCAAAAUUAUUUUCAUUUCAUUUUCAUUUGUGAAAAACGUACGCUAUUGAAUUUAGAGCGUGAUGCCUUUCAGGUGAGGAGGAAAAGUGUUAAAAGAUUAAUUCUGUAAACUUGUCAGAGUGAGAGCUCCAUAAUUGGAUCUUGGAAAGUAGUUCGAGUGAGCGCUCUUACCGCCCUCGUCAAAUAGCACGUCUUGGACGUAUUUGCCGUCUUUAAGCUAGCUUCAGCAGUAAGAAGGAGACACGGUAGCGGCUCAUGGUCUACGACGUGUAAUAUAAUGCAAGAAACGAACGCAUUGCGUGGACAUUUUUUAUUGUUCGCUGGUUUUCUAGCAGCACAUAGCGCACGCGCUGCGAGGACAGUACACAAUGUCGGCUACGGAAGUAGCGCUAACACUAUACUACAUAGGAAGCUCCGUGAAUAAACAAACCUUUCUUUAAAAAAAUAUUUGUUAUUUUUCCCUUUUCGUUCCUAGCGACCGGAUCUAUGCUUUCUUGUGCUUUCUUUUAGGCCAGAACGUUGCUGCUCCGAUCUCAUUAAGGAGCUGUAGGAUACAGGUGGACAGAACCAUCCAGUAAAUGCAGGAGGGGUGUAAUUUGACCGGAGAUGCAGAAAUAAGCCGUAAUUUAGUCCUGUUUGUAAUUCAUCUUAGAUAAAUUCACGAUAUCUCAUAUGUUACUGACGAUGAUGUUAUUGUGAAUAAAGCUGGUCUCUGUGGGCCCCUCAAAGUUCGUGGGCCCCUACAAUCGUCCCACCCUAACGGCUCCCGUGGGUCUGGUGAUAAUUAUUAUAUACCUUGACGAAACAACAUGUCGAUUUGCGUUGUUUUUACCGGGUUCAGAAGCUCCAGCCUGUUUGGAGCUUACACGCCACUCUCAGCGACCCGAUAUUCUGGCAGACCAAGGCAGUCCUCUGCUGCAGGAUCCCGACCUCUUGCCCUUCAGCAGCUAUCCCAGCGUGCAGUACCCCCCCAUGGAGCCCAUCAUGUCCACGCCUUACUACCCCACCCAGAACUACUACCCGCAGUACAACGGGGACGAGUGGUACUCGCACACAGGGAUAUAUGAACUGAAGCGAGGACCUCUGGACGGCAGCUGCGACGGCGAGAUGGAGGAGUCGUCGUCGGACGUGGCGCCCGUCGCGUGUAAGAGGACCCGGCACGUGUCACAGCCCGGACGGGUCAAAGGGGAGGAACUGUGUGUGGUGUGUGGAGACAAGGCCUCCGGAUACCACUAUAACGCCCUCACCUGUGAGGGAUGCAAAGGUUUCUUUAGACGAAGCAUAACAAAGAACGCUGUGUACAAAUGCAAGAGCGGUGGGAACUGCGAGAUGGACAUGUACAUGCGCAGGAAGUGUCAGGAGUGUCGGCUCCGAAAGUGCAAAGAAAUGGGCAUGUUGGCUGAAUUAGCAUCAAGAGGGGCUGUCAAAGGCUGCCUCGGCCUGCUGACAGAGAUCCAGUGUAAAUCCAAAAGGCUACGGAAGAACACCAAGGCCUCGCCGGCGCAGUCGACCGGAGAUGAAACCGAGGGAGCAGACAACACAGACAGCAAACACGUCAGCUCGACCACCAGACUGCUGAAGGAGAAAGCUGAAAUCACCAAAGAGCAGCAGGCUUUCAUGAAAGUCAUAGUAGAUUCCUAUAACAGACAUCAAAUCCCUCAAGAUGUGACCAAAAAACUGCUACAAGAACAGUACAGUGCGGAGGAAAACUUCAUCCUGUUGACAGAAAUGGCAACAAGUCAAGUUCAAGUUCUGGUGGAGUUCACUAAAAAUAUCCCAGGCUUCCUGUCUCUGGAUCAUGAGGAUCAGAUCGCUCUGCUGAAGGGCUCGGCUGUGGAGGCCAUGUUUCUGCGCUCCGCUCAGGUUUUAAGCACCAAGAUGCCCAACGGACACACAGAGGUUCUGGAGGAGAGGAUACGCAACAGCGGCAUCUCGGAGGAAUUCAUGACCCCCAUGUUCAACUUUUACAAAAGCAUUGGCAAGCUCCACAUGGUGCAGGAGGAGCAGGCUCUGCUCACAGCUGUAACCAUCCUGACACCAGAUCGGCCCUUUGUGAAGGACCACCCGGCCGUGGAGAGGCUCCAGGAGCCCAUGCUGGAGGUGCUGAGGAAGCUGUGCGCCCUGCAUCAUCCGCGGGAGCCGCAGUACUUCGCUCGUCUCCUGGGCCGCCUGACGGAGCUGAGAACGCUCAACCAUUACCACACGGAGAUGCUCACGUCCUGGAGAAUGAACGACCAGAAAUUCACCCCCCUGCUCUGCGAGAUCUGGGACGUGCAGUGACGCAGGGGUGAACAUUAACACUUGUAAGACAGACACUGUCCUACUACAGCACAUAUUUGUAGUGGAACCAAAUGCGCACAACCUGUUUGUCCCUGUGCUGCCUGACCUUGAUGCCAUUAGUCAUGUGUUGACUCUGGGACUGUUUAAAGUGCUGUUUGUGUUAAUUCUGCUCAAGGAUUUCUUCCACGCGCAGACCAACAUCGCGUCUCUUUACUUUGUCAUUUAGCCUUAGGCUUCAGAGACUCUCAUAGUUUUUUCAACAAAGCUUCAUGUUCUGUCUACUGUG